CUUUCCAGCUGAACGGGUCGGUGUGAUACUGCAGUGGAUAUUGGUGUGGAAUUGAUCUCGCUUCAGUGGCUGUUCGGCGUGUAUCCUAGAACGCCGGCCACUAGGCAGAGACACUGUCGCACGCGAGGAGGUUUAAACUUGGUCCUAGUGAUAACGUCAGUGGUUGUCACUAGUACCGUCCCCGUUAACAUAUAGAGUACCACUAAGGCCGAACUUCUACAUAAGUGGAUUAUCGUCGUUGGAGACAAUUUGCUUACACAAUGUGGCACAUUUCCGAUAGUUUAGGGACAGGUCUAUUUGAGUGGAUUUGUGAAACAUAAUACAUUAUUUCGUGGAAUAUUUAAAAAGCAAAAAUGGAUUUAUUACUGCAACGGAACUAUGAUGGUUUCCGAUGAAUGAAUGGCUAUACAAUUAGCAGACUCGUGGGACAUGUAAAUAGGAUUCUGUGGACAGAGUACCAACACUUUAACCGUUUUAAUCAUUGGAACACAACUGCUUUUAUCCGAAACAAGAAUCUCCUAGACAGGAAUUGUGAAUGUAUUUCUUAUACAUAGGCAGUGGAGAUAGCUGAUAUCGGAAGUCAAUGUGAGCAAGGUGAGUGCCGACUUUGUAAUACACCUUGAAUGAAAGCAAUUGGUUACUCCAUGGAUGUACAACGUUUCCAGUCGAAAGCUCCCAGCUUCGUUUCCCUUAGAAGUCUGUGUAUAGUACUAACCAGGGAUUUUAAAAUCGACCGACAACAAUAUUUGGAAAGGCAACGAUAGAUGAUGACAGAAUCAUGCAAAUUAUUGUGAAUGAUAUCUUAAACAGGCAUAGUGCCCCUCUAAUUCAUUGCUGUUUCUGCAAAGUACCAAAGUUACCUGGCUAUAUAUCUAUAUAAAGACGGUGAGCUAUUGAGAUGACUGACCAACUCUGAAAGGACCAAAUUUGCACUGAAGAAUCAUCGACGAGUGGGGCCAAAGUAUACGAAGUCACCGCAACUACAAUGAUUGAUUUUUGUGAAAUCAAACGGAAUUUAACGUGAUACAUAUAUUCAAUUGUUUCGUUCAAACAACCAUGGAGUUGCUGCAAUCAAACAACAGUCUUUUGGACACAACAACGGCAUUUUUGUGCCAUGACAAUUCAACCCCGCCAUGUCAGUGCAACGACACUUUCACAAAUAUCACGUGCACAGAAGCAACUUCGACCGUCUGGGCGGGACCACCCUACCCCAUGUGGUUGACCAUUCUCCUCGGAGCAAUGGCCGCGGUGGUUGUCUUGGUAACAGUGCUGGGAAAUAUUCUUGUGUUAAUAGCGUUUGCUGUUGAGCGGAGUAUCCGGCAGCCGACGAACUACUUCAUCGCGUCGUUAGCUGUGUCCGAUCUUUUGAUUGGAACGUUUUCCAUGCCCUGUUUCACACUCUAUCUCUUGUUAGGGUACUGGCCCCUCGGGGAUAUUAUCUGUGAUCUGUGGCUGUCCUUGGACUGGACAGUGUGUCUUGCAUCACAGUAUACCGUAUUUUUCAUCACUGUGGAUAGGUUCUUUUCUGUAAAAAUUCCAGCUAAAUAUCGUAAUUGGCGAACGGAGAAAAAAGUGAUCAUAAUGAUAGCGUUUACCUGGAUUAUACCCUGUGCCGUUUUCUUCACAUCCAUUAUAGGCUGGCAGUACUUCGUGGGCGAGAGGACAGUGGACAAGUAUGAGUGUGAAGUCCAGUUCAUGAGUGACCCCUUGUUUACAUUUCUGUUGACCAUAGGCUACUACUGGACAACGCUCUUCGUAAUGAUCGGACUAUAUACCGGUAUAUACCGGGUGGCUCUCAGUUUACAGAAGAAGGCCGAAGCUAAACAAAAGAAGAUGACAACUGCGAUGUCGCACCAAUCGCAUGAUAAAAAAAAGAAGUCGCGCGCUUUGGAUGCUGGUGGAGCGUCCCAAAAUAGCCGCAAACGAACUGAAAACAACAAUGCGCGACACCUGAGAGGUGUGGACACCACUAGUUUUACGAAACCUCCAGAAGAGGACCGGUCAAGUUCCCCUGCAUUUGCGUCGGAUGAGGACAAUAGUAGCAGUCAGGAAGGCGCUUGUGGCUCAAGUAAGACUCCCCUUACGGGCAAACACGAAGAUGACGAUGAUGACGAUCAAACUUGUUUCGUCAACAGCGCUGUUCAGACAGACACAACUUAUCGCCCUUCCCUCAAAGGCAUGCUGGGAGUUUCCUUCGGUCACGUGUCAAAAUUAGCCUUCUCUAUAACCGCUUCAAGCGUUACUCUGCCAAAUGACCACGGAGAGGCGGAGGAGGAAUUACACACACCACUUCCGGACGCUUUACCGCCAGCGUAUGAUACGGUAGUGAUUCCGCCGGAUAAUAAUUACGCUAAAAAAGUGAACAACUCAAACUCGAUUAAUGAGUUAGCUGUUGAUGACGUUAUAAAUGGAUGUAAAUAUAUAGACGAAGAUAGCCUGAAAUCUCUUGCGUCUGCAGAAAACAUCAAACUGUUAUCGGAUCCGGGAACGAACAAUGAUUCUUCGGCCGACGAAGGAUCGUCCCCGAUAUGGAAACGUAGGGCAGAUAGGUACAUGCCAAUACCAGCUCCUGAAGGUUCCAAUAGUACAAAUAUGGAGGUAAUCGAAGAGGACAAAACUAUGGAUACAGAUCUGGAUCACAUCGCGCCAAACACUUUGCCAUCAAAUGGCAAGGCCAGUGUUUCUGGCAAACCCCACCGGAAACCGUUAGACUCUGUCCGGUCCAACGAUACUUCCGGAAGCUCGGAGCGUAAAUUCGGAAGUCCUUUUCAUGCAUUGGUAAAGUCUAUGCGCGAAAAGCAACAAAAGAGACAAAAAGCAGCGAGGCAAAGAGAACAGAAAAAAUCAAAAUCAGAAAACAGAGCGCGUAAAGCAUUCCGGACUAUUACCUUCAUUUUAGGUGCGUAUGUGCUCUGUUGGACUCCGUAUCAUGUAAUGGUGUUCAUUAUAGGACUGUGUGGCGGUUAUGACUGUAUAAACAUCAAACUCUACCAGUUCACGUACUGGCUGUGUUACUUAAACAGUCCCGUCAACCCCUUCUGUUACGCCUUAGCCAAUCAGCAGUUCAAGAGGACAUUUCUCCGGAUCAUGCGCUUUGACUUCCAUAGAACGUAACACGUGUUUAAUUAAUUGGUAUUUAGGUAUUUAUUUAUGAAAAGACAAAGUUUUUUUAUUGAAAAAAAUCAAUGUGUACAACCAUCAGCUGUGUUGAUUGUACAAUUCAACUCGAUAAGGUAAGACUAUGAAUGCUGUUUAUUUCGGUGUGUUUAGUAAACUCAGAGAUCAAAUAUGCUGAUGUACACAAUUAACAAAGAAACGACAAAUUGAUAACAUACAUAUUUAUAUAUACCUACAUGCUGAUGAUGUGCUGUCGAAUCUCGUUUAUCCGGACUCCGGUUUCCCGAAAAUAUGUUUUGCUUGACUCUCAUGUUGAGCAACCCGAUGAUUCUACGCAAGAAUGAACUUGAAAUGAUCACGUGCUUUUUAUUGCCCUUUUUUGUUUUGUUUAUUCGUCAAUUCCUAAUUUCUUUGAUUAGGAUAAGAUAAUCUAGCUAUUAACCCUCCGAGGCUUGUACUGAAAUUUUGUUUCUGCGUCCUAAAUAAGGAAAAUCGGUAUUACGUUUUAUAAUUUUUCAGCAAAGAAGAAUUCCGGAUUAACGAGACUCCGCUGUGAUAAGUCAUCAUGUCAAUCGAUCUGUGUUAUUAUGAUGUAUUUUUAAAUUGUUUAAAAAGAAAAUGUAUGCUGAUAAAAUGUUAUUAUAUAUGCUGUUACAAUGUUAAGGAUUGUACUUAAAAACGUUCGACCUUCCUCUACUGUUUUUUUUACUCUGCUUAAUUACAUGUAAGAAACCAAAACAGAUAGAGUGCCCUAAAUGUAUCAUUACACAUAUGAAAUUCUUAUGCUGUACACAAAGCAAAUAAAUAAAACAAAGAUUUCUGAGUGCACUCUCACUAUCUUCAAGACCAGUUCUAAAUGAGCACCGAAAGGGGUUUCGUUGCUUUUUAAGAAAGGGUCUUGAAAGUGUUGAAAGCUAUAGGUAGCUCUGAUCGCAUUGAUUCGUCUUUCCAUAUUUACCAUCAUCAGGACAAUUUAUAUUAUAAUAUUAUAUAUACUAAUAUUGUUGAGAAUUCAACGUGAAUCGUAAUAGCGUAAAGGAGAAAAAAACAGGUUGAAUUAAUUUAGUAACGAGUGCACACAGAUUUUUGUAUGAAAACAAUCUUUCAGUGGAUUUUUUUUCUUUUGAAGAAUUCAAAUGUCACACGUAAUUAGUGUUCGUGAUUAAAAUAAGCCAAAUUUUCAAAUUUUGCUCUAUAGACAAAGAAUCAUUAUAAAAACACAUGUUUUGAGAAUUGGAACAUUUAGACUGUUUUAGUUUGAAUAGAAUGUCAGUUGUGAGAUUUUGUCAUUGUUAGAAUUAUUCGAAACAAACUGUUUGAGUAUAUUCUGAGUGCCAUUGAUUCCGUUGUAAUGGUACUCGUUUACAUCUCGUCUGGCCUAUCCCGUCCUUGUCAGACACAAGGCGGUUCAACUUACCUUACAGAACGCUAUCCACAGGUUUGUACAGUGGAACCUCGUUUAUCCGGACACCAAACUAAUAAGACCACUUCCAUCCCCGAACCUUUUAUUCAGAAAUGGAAAUUAGGCUACAUAAUGCAGUACACAUCGUACUUAUGAAUUUAGAGGCAAUAUUUCUUUUUCAAAAAAGCUGACAUAGUUUUUGUUGUUGUUGGUUGCACAAUGGUUAAUCUGAAUGAUGAAGCAAUGCUAGCCUUUCAAAUGUGUCGUCGAUUCUUAUGUACUCUUUCAAUUGUGUCAUCAAGUCUUGUGUAUAUUUCAAAUACGUCAUCAACUCUUGUGAAACUUUCAGUGGCGUCAUCAAUUCAUGGGCAUUUUUUCAAGUGUAUCAUCAUUUCCUGUGCACCUUUCAAUUUUUCAUCGUACAUUAGAAAAUUCAGUAAUUGCCAUUCAUUUAAACAUUUCUUUCGGCGCGGAACUCUUUCAGGAAAUAUGUUUUGUCCUAUUUCGGUACAAUGUACUAUGUAUUCUUAAAUAAAGUAUUUUUGCUUCUAUGUCAGGAAUCCUUUUCUCCAAGUUUUGAAGGGAAUCAGUUUGUCCAGAUGAGCGAGCUUCUACGGUUCAUUCAGUGUAGCCGAUGAAGGUUUAACAAUUGUUUUGUUACAUAUUUUGUGUUUUAUAGGCAUCUGUGAGUCUUUCAGGAAAAAAAUAUUAAAAUGUUUAGCAUUUAUACAAUUCCAAAUUAUGUUUCGUGUUUGUUACUAGAAACAUGAUUGGUUCAUAAGUGUACACGUGAUCUGUAGGAGAAAAAUCCGGAAUAUGUUUUAAUUGUUCGUUUUGUUUUUAGAGAAUACUUUUUCUUUUUUUCUCUUUUUUUUUCAACUUGAUGUAAUUUGGAAUAACACGGAUUGAAACUUGACUUUUUUUUUAUUAGUAAUGUCGUAUAAAAGGCUACGAUUGCUCUUGUGUUCUAAACGAAUUUUUCUCUUUCAAACAACAAGAAUUUAGGUUUGAAAUAUGAUAUUCAACAAAAUUGUUAAAAGAAUAUUCCUGCUUCAAUCUUUAUAGUUUUAAUUAUUCAACCUAUAGGGAGAAAUAGUUUAGAAUAUAACCAGUUUUAUAAAAUUUGAUAAUCAAAGUGUAUCGUAAAAAAUAACUAAAUUAAGAAAAUAUUCUAUGAGCUAGUGUCCUCUAGAAAUUAUUGUUUCAUAUUUUAUCAAAUACAAUCAGACUUUUUUCAUCCAUGUCUUUGAUAUACCUAAAUUCUUAUAUUUAUCGCUUUUAUUUCAGUAAGAAAAGGAUAACUUUUAUUUGCAAAAUAUACUUUAAACUACGUAUUAAAAAUGUACAUAAAUAUAAAAAUAACUAACUUCGUUCGUGUUAAAAUAUAUUUUAAAAUUAUUCCGGUUUUUCUCUUGAUUUCCUUAUCGUUUUCCCCCUUAAGUUGAUGUGCGAAAAAAGAUACCAGCUUAAUUGAUAGAAAAAUCUUCAUUGCGAGUUAUUUAUUAGUUUGUCUUUGAAUGUAACAGAACAAGAAGGUAGCGUGCAUGCUGCCUUGUAAAAGCUGGUGUUCGUGGGAUACAAUACAAAUUAUAAGUGUUCGAAUCGUGUUGUCGUCUCGCAUAACACUACAUAGUUCACUUCCAUAGUUACUACGUUUUCCAGUACAUGUCACUUGAAAACACGAGUCACGUUUUCAUUGGUCAUGCGGUCGUCGGUCACGUGUAGGUACUUUUAUAUAUGGGAGUAACUAGAUGUCAUAUGUUCGAAUGUGUGAAAGUUUGUAUUGUGAGGCUGAGAUCUAGGUCAAAAUUUUUCAAUGUCUAGUAAGCUUAAUGCAAGUUUGAUAAAAUUAAAACAAAUUUAGACCAAAAACUGUAAGCAUAGAAAUGGGAAUCAAAUUAAUAAUGUUCAACACAAGGGAAUGCAAAAAAGCAUUAAAACGUUAAAAUGCUACCUAAAUUCAGCGUCUAAAUUAAUCGGAUCACAUUGUAUUGGAACGUUAAGGUAAUCAGACUUUCAAAAUAUGGGCCCUGAAAGAUGGAUACCGGAACUGGGCCCUACAAACUGGAUGUAGGAACUUGGUCCCGGAAGAUAUAAAACGUGGAUAUAUAGAAAAUACACGUUUAAGACAUAUUAUGAAUGAAACUUACUUACGUCUGACAGUAGACGAGGAAAGGUAGUGAUUGUUUGACUUUCGGCGAAGGAGGGUAUUGUUCUUUCGUGUGUAGAUGGGUUUGGCAGGAGGCGUGGAUGAAUGUCGUAUGAGUGGGUGGGGGGUUCUCAUCGACGUACAUGUCGGUGACAUUUGACAGUAGGCGAAGAAGGAGGAUUUCUUUACCGGCGCAGAUUGCUUUUGAUACUUGAAGUAAGCGAGAAAGGGGCUGAUUUUACCGGAGUAAAUGGUGAUUGAUGAUUGUAGGCGAAGAAGAGAUGAGCUUCCUGUCGUAGAUUGCAUUUGAAAGUAGGCGAGGGAAAAGUGUAAGUAGGCUAAGAAGGGGUUGAUUCUACCGGGGUGGAUGGUACAUGGUAAUUGAUUGUUGGCGAGGAAGAAGUUCGCUACAAUUAGAAAUGUUUAUAAGUUUUAAAUGAGCGCAAUGUGAUGAAUACGUUUUUGAGUGCUUGAUAUUGCUGUUAUAACAUAUGUACUUUUUGAUAACAAGUGAAAUAGACGUGAUAAAAUAUACCGUUUGAUAGUAAGUGAAAUUGUUAUCAUUGUUUGUGAAUAAGUAAAAAAUGUAUAACUAUGUUACCAACUAUUUUUUUAUUUUUUU